AUGUCUGCUCAGGCUGCUCUUUUAAGCCUUAGAAGCUUCAAUUUAUUCUCUGGAUGGCCCGAAGUGGCCUCGAUGACCAAGGACGAGUUUGACGAUUAUCUCGCCGCAAAAGGUCUCUUCUGGAAAAAUCGUCCUUGUCCGAACUGUCAUGAACCGAGAAGCAUCACUCAUGAGAUCAGUGAGAGUGGUGAACCCAUUCGAUUCAAGUUCGAAUGUUACAAAAGAAAAUGCAAAGCUUCACGCCUUGUCGUCAAAGUAGGCCUGUUGAAAGACACAUUUUUCGAAGGUCUACACUGCGAUCGCAAAAAGCGUUUCCUUUUCUCCUUCCUCUACGUCACCUCUUCCAUGAAAGUCGAGGAAAUGGCACGUAAUGUUGAGGUAGACCCAAACACAUGCGUGCAAUGGGGUCAAUGGAUUCGUGAUGUGAUGGCCGAGAACUUCAACAAUCCAGCCAUCCAAAUCGGGGGAGUCGAGGAAGAUUUCUUUCUUCAACUGGCUCCAAUUGAUGAAACAAAUAUUGUCAAGAGGAAACACAAUGUGGGCCGAAUGGUGAGGGAUGGCUGGUUAGUUGGAGGAAUUCAGGACGGCACUCGUUCGGUGUUCGUCGAAAUCACAGGACGUCGUGAUCAGGCAUCGCUCGAAGCGAUCAUUACUCGAUAUGUCACUCGUGGCACCACAAUUCGUACUGAUUGUUGGGGAGGUUAUAACGGUUUGGCAGCUCUUGGAUAUGUUCACGAGACGGUGAAUCAUUCGCUCAACUUCGUGAAUCCAACCACUGGUGUCCACACUCAACGUGUUGAGUCACUUUGGAGCCAGUUGAAGAAAGAAAUCAAACCCAAAUGUGGACUCAGAGGAGACAAUUGGGACGAUCACUGGUUUCAGGCUCUUUGGAUGUUCAAGUAUCACGAAGAGUCGAAAUUCUAUGAGCUGUGGAAGCAAAUCUCGGAGAAAUACCCAUUGAAUUAA